CUAGAUUUUCGGAUCAGCAUAAAAGCUACGCUCGUAGCGCAUCUCGUUUCAAAUGUUCAACGUCAAGUGGGUGAAUAGGAAGUGUUGAAAAGUAUUUUUCCGCUGUAAGCGCUGCUGGUAUUUUAUGGUAUUUUUGUGUUGCAAAUAUUCCACUUCUGAAUUUUGAAAAAAAAAAAAAACCAAUAUUAUGAAUCAAGCCUCGCUUUAUCAUCGUGCCAGCGCUGUGCAGCGCCGUGAUUCGAAACAGAUUUUUCAGGAGUACAUGAAAGUGAUGCAAUGGCGCGCAGAUGAACACGAUACACUCAUCGAUAUUGGUUCGGGAUCCGGCAAUGUGCUAAUGGAAUACAUUUAUCCCAUGCUGCCGGCGCAAUUCAAUGCUGUUUUGGCCACAGAUAUUUCGGAGCGUAUGAUCGAUUUCGCGCGCAAAAACUAUGGCGACUCUGAGCGCGCGCACUUCGAGGUAUUGGACAUCACGUGCGCGCAGCUGCCACAGCGGCUGUGCGGGCAAUUCGAUCAUGUGACCUCUUUCUAUUGCCUGCAUUGGGUGCAGAAUCAAAAACGCGCCUUGUUGAAUAUCUAUCAAUUGCUGCGCCGUAGUGGUGGUGACUGUCUACUCGUUUUCCUCGCGAAUAACCCCAUUUUUGAUGUGUACAUAGAAUUGUCCAAGUCAGAAAAAUGGGGUAGAUAUAUGACAGAUGCCGUACAGUUUAUAUCACCGUUGCAUAAUAGUAGCGACCCGGGCGCUGAGUAUAGCAAAUUGUUGCAGGAGGCUGGCUUUGUAAACUUUAGCGUUGAGAUCCGAAAUGAGAUCUUCGUCUAUGAUGGCACGCAGAAUCUGAAAGAUAAUGUGAAAGCUGUCUGUCCAUUUCUCGAACGAAUGCCCGAAACGCAGCAUGAAGACUUUCUGGAAGAUGUGAUUAAAGCUGUGGUCGACAUGAAGCUGCGUGAAGGCGAUAUUAAUGCGAGAGAUUUCAAGUUCAUUGCACCGUACAAACUUGUUGUGGUCUAUGCGCGGAAACCCAACGAAUAUUUGAGUAGCAUGAUUGAAGAAGCGGAGCGAUUGGCAAAGGGACUGAAUUGAAGUGAAAGAUUGCAAAUUGACAAUAACUUAUACAUAUGUAUGGAGACUUAUUUUUAGUUAUUUAUGAACAACUUUUCAAUGCAUUAUCGCAAUGAAAAAAUCACCUCACUGGCACUAGAAAUAUAAGAAAUAUAAUCACAAAUGAUUAGAAAUGUCAACAUUAAAAUUUAAUUCUAAGAUGCUUCGAAUAGAUUCCGGCUCGAACCGGAAUCUCUAAGCGAUCGCUAAGUCUUAGCAGAGAAGACUUAAGAGCUUUCACCGGAUACCUGACAGGAAACUCCAGGCUGAGCUAUCAUCUACAUAAAAUUGGUUGUAUCUGAGGAGCCGAAUUGUUGGUUUUGUGAGCUGGAGGAGGACACUUCGGAACAUAUAUUCCGUGAUGCCGCAUACUCUUUGUACCCUCCUCUUUAUCUUAUUUGUUUAUUUUCUUCAAUAACACAGCUAGUCUCCCAUACAUAAUAGAACAAUAGAACUUGACGAUCGUAUCAACAAAUCGAAUUGCUCAGGAUUCUCUCUAUACGAACAGCUAGGCUGUAUAUACGUCGCAUUAAAUUUACUUUGGUGAAGCGAUUAGAUCGUCUAUACCUUGCAUUAACUAUAUCGACUUGGUUCUUGCGGUUUUAGCUGGCACUUAAGGAAAGAACAUAGAAAACUAAGAAGGUGCAUAGUAGUAGAUUACGU